AUGGCCCAGCCAGCACAGGUGGUGUACACGACAACCGGGUCGGAGACCGCCCAGCCGAUGAUGACCUAUCAGCCCGUGGAUGCGGCGCAGCCAAUCACUUAUGCGUCGGAGCCCGGACCGGUCACCUAUGUCGACGCAUCCGGCCAGCCCAUCCAGUACAUCACUCAGGACGCCGGCAUGCCUAUGACCUACACAUCGUCGCCCUACACCAUGUCGGGUGGCUACACGUAUCCGAGCAUGCCGGCAACGUACAUGCCUGCGAUGAGCGGCUUGGAUCACUCCCAGGGAAAGUGGUUCGCUCCCGGCGAGGCCCUGCCCCCUGGCUUCGUGGUCACCGCCCACCCCGAGGGCCACACGGCACCCCAGGAAACCCAUUCUAUGACGGACAAAGCCCGUGAGAGCUUCGUGGUCACCGGCUCCUCCCUCCCCAAGGCCGCCGCCCCAGUGAAGAAGAGCAAGAAGGACAAGAAGAAGAAGAAGUCCAGCGGCUGCUGCUAA